ACCCCGCCCCGGGGGAUGCCGGGAGAUGUAGUUCUCGAGGUGGAGCACGCCGCUCUGUGUUGUUUUGAACCCGUGGAGCUUUAUUGUUCGCGGACAGCGGAGGAGAGGAGGAUGGCGGAGGAUAAGAGGGUGGCAGAGAGCCGGCUGGUGGUUCUGCCUCAGUCCCGGAUCCGGGUCAUCAUGAAGAGCUCGCCCGAUGUGUCCAGCAUCAACCCGGAUGCCCUCCUCCUCACCACCAAGGCCACGGAGCUGUUUGUGAAAUACUUGGCCUCCUAUUCCUAUAAACACGGCACGGGGAUAAAAGACAACACGCUGUCCUAUGACGACUUGUCCGACACGGCGGAGAACAGCGAGACCUUCGGAUUCCUCUCUGACAUUCUGCCGAAGAAAAUCCUGGCCAGUGAGUAUUUGAAAAUAGUGGCGAAAGAAGUCAAGGAUGGUACCCUGGAUGAAGCGGAGGAGGAAGAAGAAGAGGAGGAGGAGGAGGGAGAAGAUGAUGAAGAAGAGGAAGACAAGGAGGAGGAUGAGGAUGAAGAUAGUGUUGACUCUGAUGAUGAUGCGGAUAUAGACUAUGAGGAGGAUAAUGAAGAUGAGGAGGAGGCGGAGGAAGAAGAAGAAGAUGAUUAAUGAGACAAUUCUCUUUAUUAUGGACACAUUCUUCAUCCUAGAUUUAUUUUUCUACAGUUUUUAUUUUUAUUUUAGGACAAAAUAGUGAAUUACUGCUGUUCUUGUGCAUAAUAAAGUUUCUUAAUAAACAUCCA